GCGUUAAAAAAAUUCACCCCUAAGUGAUAGCACAUUAUGGGUGGUAAACCAAAUAAAGUUUUAACAACUUUAAUACACAUUCUCAGCUUUCCUUGAUUUUCUUUUGGUGCUAGUCUGCUGAGGAGAUAUUUUUUGUAAGAUUUUUAGACCAUAAAAAAUAGGACAAUCAGCCCCAUCUACUUUAAUGGAGCACACUUCGAGUCCACCGCCACCUCAAAAGAUGAUGCAUCCUACCUUUCUUGCCCCAAUCAGUGUUGUGAUAUGGCAUUUACAAUAAAAACCAAGAUUAUAUUUAUAGUUUUAUUAUAUCCAAAGUGGGUAGGAAAAUCUUUGUCAUACAUGUCACAACACAGUGCUCAAACAAGUUACAGAUCUCAGGUAUCCCAGUCAACCCUGCGCGCAGGGUCUAGUUGUCUAUAAAGGAGAUAACUUUCAAGUGGGCGUAGCAAGAUUAAUGUAGGCGAACAUUCUCGAACAAUAUAUCUCCAUACAUAUAUUUCGUAAUUUGAUUCCAUAUGGGCUAUCACUGUCUCAAAUACAACAAAGAAGAAAAUUCGCAAGAUACCAGACACUUUACUCAACCGACUUCCCCCUUUUCAGAGUCUUCUAGUCUAAAUUACCCAGAAUACCCUGAACAUUACCUUUGCACAUGCGCACGUGAUCGAUCACGUGACUUCAACAUCGAAUAGAUUCGACUGCUGAUUAUGGGAGAGAUAUGCACGGUAAAAUAAACGCAAGAACACCAAACAGAGAAAACAGAGAAGUGGCAUAAAAUGCAAUUCCGUAAGCAAGCUAGAAGCUAGAGGAUUUAUGUUUUCUCUUAUGCCUAAAUUCGAUGAAAGUUGAAGUUCUCAACGACUACAAAUGACAAGCCGUUAGACUCUUACAGCAAAAGGAGGGAGAACAGACAAAAGACGGAAAGAAGAACAGAAUCAACAAAACACCACUAGUUCUAGCUAAACUCUUACCUCAAAAGAAAGGAGAACAGUCAAUAAUAAUAUGCCCUCUAUUCAAUUUUCGAGGUUAUCAACGACUACAGAUAACAAGCCGCUAUAGACUCUUACAUCAAAAGAAAGGAGAACAGACAAUAAGACGGGUAGAAGAAAAGAAUCAACAAGACGCCACUAGUUCUAGCUAAACUCUUACAGCAAAAGAAAGGAGAACAGUCAAUAAGACGGGAAGAAGAACAGAAUCAACAAGACGCCAGUCUUGGUUAACAGUGCAUUUGAAAAAUGGAACAUAUUGCAUGUAGGAAACAGGAAAAGAUCAAACGACGGGUUGAGAUUGGUUAUCGAGGAGUAUAAAGCGUUAGUGAAAAGUGCUCCAUACAAGCACUCAAGAAACACCGCGGGGCAUAAGACCAGACCAAGGAAAAAUCAUCGAGUUGUUUUCACCUUAAAAAGUGUUAUUUCUGACACAGUGUUUUCAUCAAAGUCUGGCAUAGGGCUGUGGUACAAGUCUAUCAUCAUCUAGUUGCCACUACAGGACAAAGAGAGCGAUUUUUAUACGGUGCUAUCGUUUUUACCCUCUAGUUUCCAUCUUUGAAAGAGGGAGUGGCUUUAUUAACGACGAAAUAAACGCCUCAAGAAACUGAAUCUCAAAGAAGCAUGCCUAACAUCACAUGCGCAAUAGCGGCCAACGCCACUGACCACCUGAACGUGGACGUGCUCAUAGCAUCUCUCGUUCUCCCAAUCGGUGGCUUCGUCGUUGUUAGCUGCGUGGCUUUCUUGGCGGUCAUUCAACGCAAUGCACGACUACAAACACCAGCGAACUUAAUCCUCUGCAGUCUAACAGUCAGCGAUCUGCUUGUAGGCGUGGUCAGCGUCCCUAUGUUCUCGGCUUUUCUUUUCCUGAAGGCGUCUCACCCUGACGCAUGCGCGUUUUCACGCCUGUUUGACGUCACGAGGUACAGCAUGUAUGUCAGUGCGGGCGGCUCACUCGUGCAGAUUUCAGUCUUCAGCUGGGACCGCUGGGAGGCUUUAUCGCAGCCGCUCAAAUACAAAACAAAGGUAACCCGUCGGAAGGUAUUAACUGUGAGCGGUGCAUGCUGGGUAGUUUGGAUCAUGUGGCUGAGCGUGAUUCUGUACGGGAUGUCAAACCGCAUGCGUGAGAUAUGCACCGCUGUCACGUGCUGCGUCCUCGUACUCACCCCAGUCUUUUUCCAUUGUGCGCUGGUUUUAACAAUCCGAGCGGAGUUUAGAAAAAUGACCAUGAUUCCCAUACAGCGUUACGUGACCGCUGCGUUACUCAAAGAACGCCGCAUCACCGUCACAUUGCGUUACAUCAUAGGAGCAUUUCUAGCUUGCUUACUUCCGGUUAUGUUUAUUUGGAUCGCGUAUAUAGCUGGCGUGACUUCACUCAAGCGUCACGCCUUUCCAUGGGCUGUCACGCUCACGUUUUUCAACUCGUGUUUGAAUCCUGUGAUUUAUUUUUGGCGUAUUCCUGGUAUGCGUAGCGCCGCUCUACGCCUGUUUUGUUGUUGGUGUGUGAAUGAAAGGAAGAGUCGGGGGGAGCCUGGGUCUAGAAAACAAGGGUUUGCGACUGGUAGGGCUGCUAUGGCGACACGCUACGAUACUAAAUUAUAAAAAAAACACUUUUGUAUUUCGAUUAAGCUUGAUUAAUAAGGAUAUUAGUUAAGAAAAAUACCGUCAUAUUUUCUCAUUCUCUUACAUCUACAAGGCUAAAAAAAUCACAUUGAAGAUAUUCGUAAAAACAUGUAUUUAUAAACCAAUUGACGUACCCAUAUUAGACAGUAUUGCUAAAAACUCAUUAAUUUUAUCUUGUAUCUACAACAAACCUAGGGUUCCUUCUCUUUUUUCUAACCACGCCUCAAACUCCGCUCGGGUUGAGUCACAAAAAAGCCUGGUUAAAAUUGCCCUUUCUACUUUAGGUCAUUCUGCGUUAAUGUAGCUUAGUGUUUUAACGGGGUUCCCACGAUUUCAGACUUUUAAUUACCUUUUAAUAUUAUAAAAAAAAAACAUUCAUUCGUAAAACUAUUAUCUUUUCUUUUCAUAACAUUUAAUGACUUCGGGUUUUUUAUUUUUUUGUUUUAUUUUUUUUUCCAUGACUUUCCAGGCCUAGGAAAAAAGUUCUCUAAAUUCCAUGACUUUCUAGGAUUUUAUGGACCCGUGGGAACCCUAUAAGGUACAAAUCGUCAUUACGAAAAUUGUUGAGAAUUGACACAAAAAAGCUAAUAAUUUUGUCAUUUUGGCGAAUUGCGUGACGCGGGCCCCAUAUGGAACUCAUAUCUAGUAUUGUAUUUGAAUGUAUCGUAUUCAAUUGCUAUAAGUUUGACCUAAUAAAGAUGUGAAAAACCA